AUGUUAACUCUUCCAUCUCACAACCCCAAAAACACCUUCCACCCAAACCAAAAAAAAAAAAACAUGGGACUUUGUUUCACAAGAAGCAAGUCUCAUGACAUCCCAAUCUCCUCUUCCUCUUCCCCCUCCCCCUCCCCUCCUCCCACCAUCAAAUCAAAACCCCCAAAAUACCCCUCUUCAUCAUCUCAAUUCCCCCAACCCAUCCCCAAACCACCCUCUUCCUCCUCCUUCCCACAACCCCAAAUCGGCCCCAUCCUCAACAAGCCAUACGCCGACGUUUCGACCCUCUACGACAUCGGCCGUGAGCUCGGCCGCGGCCAGUUCGGCAUCACCUACCUCUGCACCGAGAAAUCCACCGGCCGGAACUUCGCCUGCAAGUCCAUCUCCCGCCGGAAGCUGGUCAACAAGAAGGACAUCGAGGACGUCCGGAGGGAGAUUCUCAUCCUCCAGCACCUCACCGGCCAGCCCAACAUCGUCGAGUUCAAGGGAGCGUACGAGGACAGGCAGGAUGUGCAUUUGGUCAUGGAGCUCUGCUCCGGCGGCGAGCUUUUUGACCGGAUUAUUGCCAAGGGGAGCUACUCGGAGAAGGAGGCGGCGAGGGUGAUUCGGCAGAUUGUGAACGUGGUCCACGUGUGUCAUUUCAUGGGUGUGAUGCAUCGGGAUUUGAAGCCGGAGAAUUUCUUGCUGGCGAGCCGGGAGGACGAUGCGCCCAUCAAGGCUACCGAUUUUGGGCUCUCGGUUUUCAUUGAAGAAGGAAAAGUAUACAAAGAACUUGUUGGCAGUGCAUAUUAUGUGGCUCCAGAAGUGUUGAGAAGAAGUUACGGAAAAGAAAUAGACGUGUGGAGUGCUGGAGUUAUCUUGUACAUACUUCUAAGCGGGUUUCCUCCAUUUUGGGCUGAGACCGAGAAAGGGAUAUUCGACGCAAUCCUGGAGACGAAUCUGGACUUGCAGAGCACACCAUGGCCCAAGAUUUCGGAUUCAGCCAAGGACCUCAUCAGUAAAAUGCUGGCAAGAGACCCUAGGAAACGGAUUACUGCGUCCCAAGCACUUGAGCAUCCAUGGUUGAAAGUGGGUGGGGAUGCUUCUGAUAAGCCAAUUGACAGUGCUGUUUUGUCAAGGAUGAAGCAGCUUAGAGCCAUGAACAAGAUGAAGAAGCUUGCUCUGAAGGUAAUAGCAGAGAACCUUUCCGAGGAAGAAAUCAAGGGCUUGAAACAGAUGUUCAAGAACAUGGACACAGACGGAAGUGGAACCAUCACUUACGACGAGCUCAAAGCUGGGUUGACGAGGCUAGGAUCCAAGCUCUCUGAAGCUGAAAUGAAGCAGCUAAUGGAUGCUGCCGACGUGGACAAGAAUGGGACGAUCGACUACGUCGAGUUCAUAACGGCAACAAUGCAUCGGCAGAGGCUGGAGAAGGAAGAGCACUUGUUCGAAGCCUUCCAGUACUUUGACAAGGAUGGAAGUGGGUUUAUCACAAGAGAUGAGCUUAGACAUGCCAUGUCACAAUAUGGUAUGGGUGAUGAAGAUACCAUCAAUGAGAUCUUAGAUGAUGUUGAUAUCGAUAAGUGGGACACAGGCGAUACCAUUUCCUCUGUUCCUCAUUUCGGCAUUCACAGUGGAAAGAAAACAACGAUGCUCGUCUCGCCGCGCUCUGUUGUUCCUCCGCAAUCCUCGCCGUUUUUCUCUUCCUCCUCCUUCAAUCGGAACCCUAGGCGAUUUCGUCCGGAGUUCCUCGUCAGAUUCCUCUCAGCUCGUUGCUGCUCGACUUCCGCCUCCUCCCCCGGCGAGAACGCGACUCCGCGGAGCAAUUACGCCGGCACGAGAUUGGACGAGACCGUCGAGACCGGUUCCGGAAAGCUCCGGCUCGAUUCCUGGAUCUCUACUCGGAUUUCCGGAAUCAGUAGAGCUCGCGUCCAGUCCAGUAUCAAGACCGGUCUCGUCAGCGUCAAUGGCAAGGUCGUCGAUAAGGCUUCGUAUAGCGUUAGAGGCGGAGAUGAGAUCCGCUGCACAAUCUCGGAGCUCCAGCCGCUGAGAGCUCAGCCGGAGAACAUACCGUUGGAUAUAGUUUACGAAGACGAACACGUUCUCGUUGUUAAUAAACCUGCAGAUAUGGUCGUUCAUCCAGCGCCUGGAAAUCCGACGGGAACGCUCGUGAACGGGAUUCUUCACCACUGCAGUCUUCCAGGACUCGCGUCUUCAAGUCAGGACAUUAUCACAGAUCUAGAGGAUCUUUCCGAUGAUGAAGAUCUAGCUUCUAGCUCGAAUGCCGCGUCGAUUCGGCCUGGAAUUGUGCAUAGAUUGGACAAAGGCACCAGUGGAUUACUUGUAGUUGCUAAGGACGAACAUUCACAUGCUCACUUGUCUGAACAAUUCAAGCUACGUACCAUCAGAAGAGUGUACUUGAGUCUUACUGCUGGUGUCCCUUCACCGGUAUCUGGGCGAGUAGAAGUUCCAAUUGGCCGUGAUGUCCAUAACAGAAUUCGCAUGGCUGCUAUCACUGGACCAAUGGCCAGAGGGAAGGCCCGUCAUGCUGCUAGUAGGUAUAAGGUGAUUGAAACUCUUGCUGGUGGUGGUUCAGCUUUAGUUGAGUGGAAACUAGAAACUGGGCGUACUCACCAGAUUCGUGCACAUGCCAAAUAUAUCGGAUGCCCAUUGCUAGGUGACGAAGUCUAUGGAGCGACCAGAAGCAUGGCUCUGUCGCUGCUUCAACCCAAACUAUCUCCAAGCCACCAUGGUCGACUUCUAGAGUUGCUUUCGGAGUUAGAUAGGCCUUGCCUGCAUGCUUUCUCCCUUGGGUUUAAGCAUCCACGUACAGGGAAAGAAAUACAUUUCUCAUGCCCUCCUCCCCCUGAUUUCGAGAAGAUGCUAAUCCAGCUCCGUAAAAUGAGCACAGAGACGAAGAAAGGAGCUAAUCCUUUGCAUAUGAAUAACUGUUGUGCAGAAAAAGGUGAUGACUGCAUCAUGAGGUUCAGACAUUAUGCCAGAGCUAGUGGGGCAAAAUCAAUCAAUACCAGGUCAUUGAACACGUUUCAGAGUCAUCGACAUGGAACUGCUAGAGUACCUUCUAUGAGGUCGGCCUCUACAGAGCGGCAUGAUGUUUUGCGCGAUGUGCCUUUCUUCCGUGAGAUUCUUUACUGAUGUCGCCAGCAAGUCACCAGAGUAUACAAAGUCCUUGCGUUGCCUACCUUUCCCUCAGGGCUGCUGAUUAGUGCCCUUUUUGGUUGCAAUCUUCAUUUCACCCUGACGAUUAAUCGGAACUGUUGAACCAAG